AUGGAAGGAGGAGGAAGACGAAGGGCGGAAGAUACGAGUCUGACAUGUUACUGCUUUCUGGUAUGCGUAGCGGCCGCUGCUUGCGGUCUGAUGGCUGGCUUCAACAUCGGCGUCAUCGGGGGUGUGGCGUCGAUGCCAUCUUUCCGACAAAGAUUCUUUGCGGCCAACGCAAACACUUCCUGCGACUACGACCCGAGCAUUGCGGCAAAGGUCACGUCGGCUUUCUAUGCGGCCGCUCUGUUCUCGUCCUUCCUGCUUUCUCCAUUAGUGAAGCGUAAGUUGGGUUGCAAGGUGUCGAUGGAAUCCGGGUGUGUAUUGGUCGCACUCGGAGCUCUCUUCAGCUUCUCAGCUCAAUCUCUAUGGAUGCUUGUCAUUGGUAGAUGCUUUGUCGGCAUUGGUCUGCGACUCCUUCGUCAGUCUGUACGCCAAUACGUAUCCGAGAUGGCGCCAUAUCGCCAUAGAAGAGCCCUAGGCAUGAUGUUCAAAGUGUUCAUAGCAAUGGGGAGAGUUAUGGCCGCAAUUGUGAACUACUCGUUCCACGGGAUCAAAGGAGGAUGGGACUGGCGGCUUAGCUUCGGCAGUGAGGGUGUACUAGCAACGGUGUUUCUCUUUGUUACGUGUAUCUUCCUACCUAGCACGCCAAAGCACUUGCUAGAACGAGGAAAACCCGAGCAAGCCCGGAGUUUACUCCAGAGGUUGCGGGGUGUGGAUGUCGACGUGGAACCUGAGCUCAGAGAUACCGUUUGCGCCAUGACGCAGGACGGGGAUUUGCCAUUACUCAAGCUAUUCAAUAGGAAUUACUGGCCUCAUCUCGUAAUGGUGGUGAUGAUCCCUUUACUGCGACAACUCACCGGUGCAAAGGUCAUGAUGACCUUUGCACCGGCAUUGCUUGUUAAAAUCUGGUUUUCGAAGGAUAUUGCUUGGCUCUCGGACAUUGUGAUCGCCUCUGUUAAUCUCACAGCCAAAAUCUAUGGGGCUUUCGGCAUCGAAAUGUUUGGGAGGAGGCAACUUUUCCUAGGAGGAGGAGUUCUGAUGUUCCUUUCCCAGGUAGUCAUCGCAAUAAUCGUCAGGGUUCAGUUCGGGUGGAGCCUGCCUGGAUGGUACGCCACUACAGUGACCGCCCUUAUCUGUACCUACGUGAUUGGGUACUCAUGUUCGUGGGGACGGCUUGAGUGGUUCGUUCCUUCGGAGAUCCGAUCGGCCGCUCUUGGGGUCACGGCGUUCGUGGACCUUCUCUCAGAAUUCCUUGUGGCCUUGCUCUUCCACCCCAUGCUCUGCCACGUGGAGUUCUGGUGGUUCUUGUUCGUUGCAUUUCUCUUGAUGCUGAUAAAGUUUUUAGUGUAUGCCUUGCUUCCGAACAAGUAG